GUGCUACCUACAUAACUAACUGCUAUGAAAAUAAGAAAUAACUAAGAGAUUUUGCAAUGCUUCAUUGACUCUAAAUACCUGAUUUGUUUAGUGAACUGGCACUCUGUGGGCUAUUCGUUAAGCACAGCGUUGUGUAUAAUUUAUAAUAUUUUGAAGCCGAUUUGAUACUGUGUGCAUAUAUAGAAUUAAUAAAUCUGCUGAUGAAAGAACAAAGCAAAAAUAACUGAUUUAAUCCGAUUGCGGCGUAUAGGGAUACGAAAAAUAAAGCAGAAAAAACUGAAAAAAAAUAUAUAAAAAAAAACUGUGAAAAAACGCAAGAGUCUGCGCGCGUAUAAAGUGAAAUUUUUACGAUAGCGAAUGCUGCAGUAAACGUGGAGUUGGUACGCGUUUGCCUUUGGCAAAUAUUUGAACGCGCGUUCGUUUCCUGCUAUGUAUGGCUAAUCAGUUGUAAGCCAAUAAGUGUAGUAUCUUAGAAAAAGUGGCCAUAAAACAAAAAACAAAAUCGAGAAAUUAAAAAAAUAGAAAUUAGCGAAGGCUACAGACAACAAAGCAUUUUGCAAAAAAAAACGAAAUUAUUAAAAUUAUAAAAAAAAAAAACUGUCAGCAGCUGUCUGGAUGUUAUUUUAUGAACGGAAAGCUACGGAAAUUGAUGCGUCUUCUUCCCAGUAAUCAACUUUAAAAGUGUUUAUUAAAGAAAAAAAAAACAUAUUAAAAAUAAUUAAACUGGCUGCAAAUCGCAUAAAUCAGACGGCGUGAAGUGGUUAAAGCAUCGCAAAAUGAGCGGUUCAACGGCGGCCAGUUUAAAAUGGCUGUCCGCUAUUUAUUUUCUGGUUUUAUUAGUCAUUACCUCGAAAACAACGAAAACAUAUGCAGCUAUUGAAGAGGGAUUCUCGUGUCCAAAUGGUUGGGAAUUGCGUGGCCUUAACUGUUAUAAAUACUUCAACAUUAAACAUUCAUGGGAAAAGAGCGCUGAGCUGUGUCGAAGAUAUGGCGCCGAACUGGUGGCAAUCGACACGUACGCGGAGAACAAUGACACGCUCGCUAUUGCGCGCAGCAAUGAUCCCAACCGUCGUGCCUCCGACAAGUACUGGCUCGGUCUGGCAUCGCUGGAUGAUCUGCGCACCAACACGCUGGAGUCUGCCUCGGGCGCACUCAUCUCCCAAUAUUCGGGCUUUUGGUCGCUCAAUCAACCCGAUCCCAUGUCCGGUGAGUGUGUGGCCGCCACCUUCGCCUCGCGCAUGCAGUCUUGGAAUUUGGAUACCUGCGAUAGUUUACUGCCCUUUAUGUGUCGCGCACCCGCCUGUCCGCAGAACUCCAUACACUGCUCGAAUGGCUUGUGCGUGAAUCAGGCGUUCAAGUGUGAUGGCGCUGACGAUUGUGGUGAUGGUUCGGAUGAGUUGGACUGCCCGGCGCAGUGUCACUAUCAUAUGCAAUCGGGCGGUGAUGUCAUUGAGACACCCAAUUAUCCGCACAAAUAUGGCGCGAUGAGCAAGUGUAAGUGGACGUUGGAGGGCCCGUUGGGCAGCAAUAUCAUACUACAGUUUCAGGAUUUCGAAACGGAGAAGACUUUCGAUACGGUGCAAGUGUUGGUCGGUGGUCGCACCGAGGAUAAGUCAGUGUCGCUGGCGACGCUGAGCGGUAAGCUGGAUUUGACUAUGCAACCAUUUGUGUCUGCGUCCAAUUUCAUGAUCGUGAAAUUCACUACUGAUGGCAGCGUGGAGCGUAAAGGUUUUCGCGCCACUUGGAAAACGGAAGCAAAAAAUUGUGGCGGCGUGUUGAAGGCGAAUCUGCAGCGUCAAACUUUGACCAGCCCCAAUUAUCCCAAGCAAUAUCCGGGCGGUUUGGAGUGUCUAUACAUAAUUAAGGCACAACCGGGACGCAUUAUUUCUAUCGAAGUGGAUGACUUGGAUGUGGCUGAAGGUCGUGAUAUGCUGCUGAUACGUGAUGGUGAAUCACCGAUGAGUCGACCCAUUGCACGCUUAACCGGCAACGCUAAUGACAACGAGAAGGUUAUUAUUUCCACUGGCAGCUCGUUGUAUUUGUACUUCAAAUCUAGUCUGGGUGAGUCUGGCAAGGGCUUCAGCUUGCGGUACAUACAAGGUUGCAAGGCCACGAUUACGGAACGCAAUGGCACUGUCACCUCGCCGGCUUAUGGACUGGAGGACUAUCCGAAGAAUCAGGAAUGUUACUUCACCAUACGCAAUCCGAGCGCUUCACCACUGUCGCUGAAAUUCGACAAGUUCAUGGUGCACAAGAGCGAUUUCGUGCAAGUCUAUGAUGGCUCAUCCACUGCAGGUCUGCGUUUGCACUCAGGUGACGGCUUCACUGGCACCGUGGCGCCCAAACUUACCUUGACCGCUUCGUCAGGGGAGAUGCUAAUUAAGUUCACCUCGGAUGCGCUGCACAAUGCGGCGGGUUGGUCUGCGACAUUCUCGGCUGACUGCCCUGAGCUGAAGCCAGGUAUUGGCGCUUUGGCGUCGAGCCGCGAUACAGCUUUCGGCACUGUGGUCAAGUUCACUUGCCCGAUUGGACAAGAGUUUUCCACCGGCAAGAAUAAAAUCGUCACCGAGUGUAUGAAGGGUGGCAACUGGAGUGUGUCUUACAUACCAAAAUGUCAAGAGGUCUACUGCGGUCCCGUGCCACAAAUCGACAACGGCUUCUCGAUCGGCUCAUCGAAUGUGACGUAUCGCGGCGUUGCGAUGUAUCAAUGCUAUGCUGGUUUCGCUUUUGCCUCGGGCGCACCUAUCGAAAAGAUUUCCUGCUUGCCCGAUGGCCGUUGGGAGCGCACACCUACUUGCAUGGCUUCUCAGUGCUCACCACUGCCUGAAGUAGCGCACGCCAAUGUGACGUUGCUCAAUGGCGGAGGGCGCAGCUAUGGCACCAUCGUUCAAUACGAAUGUGAAUCGGGUUACGAACGCACUGGUCACCCUGUAUUGAUAUGCAUGUCGAACGGCACUUGGAGCGGUGAUGUGCCACGCUGUACGCGCAAGCGUUGCUACGAGUAUCCGGAAAUCGACAACGGAUUUGUCGUAGACGCAGCACGUCCGUAUUACUUUGGUGACGAUGCACGCGUGCAGUGCUACAAGGGUUACAAGCUGAUCGGCAGCAAUAUUAUACGCUGCAAUUCGGAGCAAAUCUUUGAGAAUCCACCAACUUGUGAGGACAUCAACGAGUGCACGUCCACACAAUGCGAUUUGGCGACUACAGAAUGCAUGAACACGAAUGGUUCGUUCCACUGUCAGUGUCGCGGCGGUUUCGCGCCGACGCCUGAGUGUCGUCCAGUCGGCGAUUUGGGCUUGGCUAAUGGUGGCGUACCCGAUGACAGCAUAAUGACUUCUUCUAGCGAGGAAGGUUACACAAAGGGCUUGGUGCGUCUCAACUCUGCCGGCUGGUGCGGUGCGCUUGUAGAACCGGGCGCCAAUUGGAUUUUGAUCGACCUUAAAGCGCCAGCUAUUCUACGUGGCUUCCGUACAAUGUCCGUGCAACGCUUUGACGGUAAUGUGGCCUUCACCUCGGCCGUACGUCUACAAUACACCGACGAUCUGACUGAUGUGUUUAAGGACUAUACAAAUCCCGAUGGCACAGCUGUGGAAUUCCGCAUAUUAGAGCCCACUCUGUCCAUUUUGAAUCUACCGAUGCCGAUUGAGGCGCGCUACAUACGCUUCCGCAUUCAGGACUACGUGGGUGCGCCUUGCAUACGCAUGGAAUUGAUGGGCUGUACGCGUUUGGACUGUGUGGAUAUCAAUGAAUGCGCGAAGAAUAAUGGCGGCUGUGAUCAGAAAUGUGUUAACGCACCCGGCAGCUAUGCUUGUUCCUGCAAUACAGGUUAUCAGCUCUUCACAGGCAAUGGCACGGCUGGAUUUAGCAUUGAACGGUCAGAGACGGGUGAACGCGAUGGCGAUAGCUAUCAGCGCAAUAAGACCUGCGUGCCGCUCAUGUGCCCUCCGCUCCUAGAGCCAGAGAAUGGCAAGCUGUUGACCGACAAGAAUGAUCAUCAUUUUGGUGAUAUUGUGCGCUUCCAAUGCAAUUUCGGCUAUAUUAUGUCCGGCAGCGCGGCUGUACUUUGCCUCUCGAACGGGCAGUGGAAUGCCACUGUGCCCGAGUGUAGUUACGCCAAAUGUGUAUCGUUGCCCGAUGACAAACUCGAGGGUCUUUCUGUUGAGCGUCCAGAUCCAGAGUCGGUGUUACUACCAUUCCGCGAUAAUGUGACCAUCACUUGUAGUUCCGCAGGCCGGAAGCUGCGUAACACUGCCACCUCCGGGUUCCGUCAAUGUGUGUAUGACCCCAAGCCUGGGUUGCCUGAUUAUUGGCUGUCCGGUUCGCAGCCUUCUUGUCCACGUAUCGACUGCUAUCAGCCAAUGCCAACACCUGGCGCUGAGUAUGGUCAAUUCGUGGACACGCGCUUCCAGAGUUCUUUCUUCUUCGGUUGCCAAAAUACUUUCAAGUUGGCCGGUCAAACGUCUCGUCAUGAUAAUGUUGUGCGUUGCCAGUCCGAUGGCAUCUGGGACUUUGGUGAUUUGCGCUGUGAGGGUCCUGUUUGCGAAGAUCCUGGUCGCCCUAGCGAUGGCCGUCAAAUAUCGCGCAGUUACGAGCAGAGCUCGGAGGUAUACUUCGGUUGCAAUCGCCCCGGUUACAUACUGAUUAAUCCACGUCCGAUUACCUGCAUACGCGAGCCUGAGUGCAGAGUUAUCAAGCCACUGGGUGUGACCUCGGGCAAGAUACCCGAUUCUGCUAUUAAUGCGACUUCCGAGCGUCCAAACUACGAAGCGAAGAAUAUACGCUUGAACUCGGCAACUGGCUGGUGUGGCAAGCAGGAGGCUUUCACCUACGUGAGCGUAGAUUUGGGACAGAUACACCGCGUCAAGGCGAUUUUGGUGAAAGGUGUGGUCACCAAUGACAUUGUGGGUCGCCCCACCGAGAUACGUUUCUUCUACAAGCAAGCCGAGAAUGAAAAUUAUGUCGUCUACUUCCCCAACUUCAAUCUAACUAUGCGCGAUCCCGGCAACUAUGGUGAGCUAGCGAUGAUCACAUUGCCUAAGUAUGUGCAGGCACGUUUCGUUAUUUUGGGUAUCGUCAGCUAUAUGGAUAAUGCUUGCUUGAAAUUCGAGCUCAUGGGUUGCGAAGAGCCAAAGAAGGAGCCACUAUUAGGCUACGACUAUGGCUAUUCGCCUUGCGUGGACAACGAGCCGCCUAUCUUCCAGAAUUGCCCACAACAACCGAUUAUUGUGCGUCGCGACGAGAACGGCGCUGUGCUGCCAGUCAACUUCACCGAACCCUCAGCCGUUGACAAUUCCGGCUCCAUUGCACGUCUCGAAGUUAAGCCGCAAAACUUUAAAACACCGUCGUAUGUGUUCAAGGAUACCGUUGUGAAAUAUGUUGCCUUCGAUUAUGACGGCAACGUUGCCAUUUGUGAGAUUAACAUCACCGUGCCAGAUGUCACACCUCCACUGCUGCAGUGCCCACAGAGUUAUGUCAUUGAACUGGUCGAUCGGCAAGAUAGCUACAACGUCAACUUUAACGAUACACGUAAACGCAUUAAGACCUCCGAUGACUCUGGUGAUGUGCGCAUCACAUAUACGCCAGAACGCGCUCUCAUACCGAUCGGCGCCUAUGAGAAUGUCACUGUUACCGCCAUCGAUAAAUUCAAUAAUCGUGCCUUCUGCCACUUCCAAGUGUCAGUGCAAGCUUCGCCGUGCGUGGAUUGGGAGCUACAACCACCCGCAAACGGUGUUAUUAACUGCCUGCCUGGUGAUCGCGGUAUUGAGUGCAUUGCCACCUGCAAACCCGGUUUUCGCUUCACCGAUGGCGAGCCCUUGAAGUCAUUUUCCUGCGAGACCUCGCGUCUAUGGAAACCCACCUCUGUGGUUCCCGAUUGUGUAUCGGAGAAUACCGAACAAGCCGAUUACCAAGUCACUGCCACCGUCACCUAUCGCGCCAAUGGCGCUGUUGCGCAGGCCUGCCUCGGCCAAUACCAGGAAAUGUUGUCGCAGCACUACGCCGGUUUGAAUCAGCUGCUGUCGCAACGUUGCUCAGCCGUUAAUGUGAACAUGAAUGUCUCCUUCAUUAAAUCAGUACCCAGCUUGAUGGAGGAAAAUGUGGUUAAGAUGGAUUUCAUACUCUCGAUUUUACCCGCAGUUAGACAACCACAACUCUACGAACUCUGCGGCUCCACGCUUAAUCUAAUAUUCGACUUGAGUGUGCCCUAUGCUAGCGCCGUUAUCGAUUCUCUCCUGAACAUCUCCAAUAUUGGCAACCAAUGUCCGCCACUACGCGCGCUAAAGAGCAACAUAUCGCGCGGUUUCACUUGUAGCAUCGGCGAAGUGUUGAAUAUGGACACCAGUGACGUGCCACGUUGUCUUCAUUGUCCGGCGGGCACAUAUGUGAUCACUGGCCAAAGUGUUUGCACGAACUGCCCACGCGGCUACUAUCAGAAUCGCGACCGUCAAGGCACCUGCAUGCGUUGUCCAGCUGGCACUUACACGAAGGAAGAAGGCUCCAAGGCUCUCAGUGACUGCAUACCCGUCUGCGGCUAUGGCACAUACUCGCCGACUGGUCUAGUGCCCUGCUUAGAGUGUCCACGUAGCUCUUACACUGCUGAACCGCCAAAUGGUGGCUUCAAGGAUUGCACGGCUUGCGCGCAAAAUACAUUUACUUUCCAGCCGGCAGCUUCCACAAAAGAUUUGUGUCGUCAAAAAUGUCCAGCCGGCUUCUACUCCUACACCGGUUUGGCACCCUGCUCGCCCUGCCCUGCGAACUACUACCAGAGCGCGAUCGGCGCACAGACUUGCAAUGAGUGCCCGACAAAUAUGCGCACAGAUGGUCCGGGCGCUAAAGGACGUGAGGAAUGCAAACCUGUGGUUUGCGGCGAGGGCGCUUGCUUGCAUGGCGGUUUGUGCGUACCGAUGGGUCAUGGCGUGCAGUGCUUCUGCCCAGCUGGUUUCUCGGGCAGACGUUGUGAGAUUGACAUCGACGAAUGCGCUUCACAACCUUGUUACAAUGGCGGUUCCUGUACCGAUCUGCCACAAGGCUAUCGCUGCGAAUGCCCGGCCGGUUACUCGGGCAUAAAUUGUCAAGAGGAAGUGAGCGAUUGCAGCAAUGAUACCUGCCCAGCACGCGCUAUGUGCAAGAAUGAACCAGGCUAUAAGAACUUUACCUGCUUGUGUCGCAGCGGCUAUACUGGCGCGGACUGUGAUGUGACCAUCGAUCCCUGCACCGCAAAUGGAAACCCGUGCGGCAAUGGCGCAAGUUGUUUGGCCUUACAACAGGGCCGUUACAAGUGUGACUGCCUUCCCGGGUGGGAAGACAUACAUUGCGAGCAGAAUAUCAACGACUGCGCAGAGAACCCAUGUCUAUUGGGGGCGAAUUGUACAGAUCUGGUGAAUGACUUCCAAUGCUCUUGCCCGCCUGGCUUUACCGGCAAACGCUGCGAGGAGAAGAUCGACUUAUGCCUGUCAGAGCCUUGUAAACAUGGCACCUGCGUGGACCGCCUCUUUGAUCACGAGUGUGUUUGUCAUCCGGGUUGGAGCGGUGAUGCUUGCGACAAAAACAUUGAUGACUGCGCCGACAGUCCGUGCGCAAAUGAAGGCGUCUGCGUGGACUUAGUGAACGGCUAUAGCUGCUCAUGCGAGCCCGGCUACACCGGAAAGAACUGUCAGCAUACAAUUGAUGACUGCGAAUCGAGCCCUUGUCAGAAUGGCGCAACAUGCGUGGAUCAAUUAGAUGGCUUUACUUGUAAGUGCCGCCCUGGCUUUGUUGGACUCAGCUGCGAAGCCGAAAUCGACGAGUGCCUGAGUGAUCCUUGCAACCCUGUGGGUACUGAACGUUGUCUAGAUUUGGAUAAUAAAUUUGAAUGCGUGUGUCGCGAAGGCUUCACAGGCGCCUUCUGUGAAACGGAUAUUGAUGACUGUGAGUCCAAUCCUUGCUUGAAUGGUGGUCAAUGUCGCGAUCGUGUUGGCGGCUUUGAGUGCAGUUGCAAUGAGGGUUGGCGCGGUGUGCGCUGUGAACGUCAGAUCACUUCCUGUGGAGGACAGUCACCUUGUCAAAAUGAUGCUAACUGCAUUGACCUUUUCCUGGACUACUUCUGUGUGUGCCCCAGUGGCACGGAUGGCAAAAAUUGUGAAACAGCGCCUGAGCGUUGCAUCGGUAAUCCCUGUAUGCAUGGCGGUAAGUGCCAAGAUUAUGGAUCUGGCUUAAAUUGCACAUGUCCAGCCGAUUUCUCUGGUAUUGGCUGUCAGUACGAAUUCGACGCUUGCGAUGCGCAUGUGUGCCAGAAUGGCGCUACCUGCAUUGACUACGGCAACGGCUACUCCUGCGCUUGCCCAACGGGCUAUACAGGCAAAAACUGUGAAGAAGAUAUCGUCGACUGCAAGGACAACUCGUGCCCGCCGGGCGCCACAUGCAUUGAUCUGACGAAUGGCUUCUACUGUCAGUGCGCCUUCAAUAUGACCGGCGAUGACUGCCGCAAGACCAUACAAGUCGAUUACGAUUUAUACUUCUCCGAUCCUUUGCGUUCCACCGCCGCUCAGGUGGUGCCAUUCUACACCGGCGAAUCCAACAGUUUGACCAUCGCUAUGUGGGUGCAAUUUGCGCAAAAGGAUGAUACUGGCAUCUUCUUUACGCUCUACGGCGUGCAAUCAGCGCAUAUAGCCAACAAUCGUCGGCUGCUGUUGCAAGCGCAUUCGAGUGGCGUGCAGGUUUCCAUCUUCGAAGAUCUACCCGAUGCUUUCCUCUCCUUCGGUGAAUACACAUCGGUCAAUGAUGGCCAAUGGCAUCAUGUAGCCAUACUGUGGGAUGGCGUGAGCGGGCAGCUGCAGCUGAUUACCGAGGGGCUUAUCGCCAGCAAAAUGGAAUACGGUGGUGGGCGCGCUAUGCCCGAAUACGCGUGGGCUGUACUGGGACGUCCGCAGCCGGAUGAUACUAAACAUUCGGCCUCCUAUGCCGAAUCCGGUUUCCAGGGAACAAUCACAAAAACACAAGUGUGGGGACGAGCGCUGGAUAUCACUUCGGAAAUACAGAAACAAGUGCGUGAUUGCCGCUCCGAGCCAGUGUUGUACCACGGACUCAUACUAAACUGGGCCGGAUAUGAGGUGACAUUAGGUGGCGUCGAACGUACGGUGCCAUCAAUGUGUGGACAACGCAAAUGUCCCAACGGCUAUCAGGGACCGAACUGCCAGCAGUUGGUUGUGGACAAAGAGCCGCCAGUUGUGGAACAUUGCCCUGGUGAUCUGUGGGUGAUUGCCAAGAAUGGUUCGGCGGUGGUGACAUGGGAUGAACCACACUUUAGCGACAAUAUUGGCGUAACAAAAAUUAUGGAACGCAAUGGUCACCGUCCGGGCACUACACUGCUUUGGGGCUCCUACGACAUAACCUAUGUGGCUUCUGAUGCGGCAGGCAACACGGCUACAUGCAGUUUCAAGGUGUCGCUGUUGACUGACUUCUGUCCACCUUUGGCAGAUCCAGUAGGUGGUGUGCAAGUCUGCAAAGACUGGGGCGCUGGCGGUCAAUUUAAGGUUUGUGAGAUAUCCUGUAAUCCUGGCCUACGUUUCUCUGAGGAAGUGCCUGAUUUCUAUACGUGCGGUGCCGAAGGUUUCUGGCGUCCCACGCGUGAACCAUCCAUGCCGCUUGUUUAUCCAUCGUGCUCACCUGCUAAACCGGCGCAACGUGUCUUCCGUAUCAAGAUGCUCUUCCCAUCGGAUGUGCUCUGUAACAAGGCUGGUCAAGGUGUAUUGCGCCAGAAGGUGACGAAUUCCGUGAACGCACUCAAUCGCGACUGGAACUUCUGCUCUUACUCGGUGGAGGGCACACGCGAAUGCAAGGAUAUCAAGAUCGAUGUCAAAUGUGAUCAUUAUCGUGCUGCUCAAAGUCAACGCGUCAGUCGCCAGGUGAAAGAUGGGGGUGUGUAUGUGAUGGAAGCAGAGAUUCCAGUGCUCAACGAAAGCGAUGAGGUCGAUACGCGCGGUCGGCAAGGACGCCAACAAGCUGGCGGCGAUACCUAUAUGCUGGAGAUACUCUUCCCAGCAGUGAACGACCCGGUCAUUCACUCGACCACAGGCGAACGUUCGACAGUUAAAAAUCUCUUGGAGAAACUCAUUCUGGAAGAUGAUCAAUUUGCUGUGCAGGAAAUUCUACCCAACACUGUGCCUGAUCCCGCCUCACUCGAACUGGGCUCGGAAUAUGCCUGCCCUGUCGGUCAGGUCGUCAUGAUACCCGACUGCGUGCCAUGUGCCAUCGGCACCUAUUACGAUACGGCCAACCAGACUUGUGUCGCCUGUGAACGCGGCACUUAUCAGUCGGAAGCCGGUCAGCUGCAGUGCAGCAAGUGUCCGGUAAUUGCUGGCCGUCCAGGUGUUACUGCGGGCCCGGGCGCACGCUCUGCCGCCGACUGCAAGGAACGCUGUCCUGCUGGCAAAUACUUCGACUCGGACACGGGGCUGUGCCGCUCCUGCGGUCAUGGCUUCUAUCAACCCAACGAAGGCUCCUUCGGCUGCGAGCUCUGCGGGCUCGGCCAGACUACACGCUCGAGUGAGGCUACCUCGCGCAAAGAAUGUCGCGAUGAAUGCAGCUCUGGUCAACAACUCGGCGUCGAUGGUCGUUGCGAACCCUGCCCACGCGGCACGUAUCGCACACAAGGUGUACAACCUUCAUGCGUUGGCUGUCCGCUGGGCCGCACAACACCAAAAGUGGGCGCCAACUCAGUUGAGGAGUGCACGCUGCCAGUGUGCUCACCCGGCACAUACCUCAAUGGCACACUCAAUAUGUGCGUGGAAUGCCGCAAGGGCUACUACCAGUCCGAAUCGCAGCAGACGUCAUGCAUACAAUGUCCGCCAAAUCAUAGCACCAAGAUCACAGGCGCCACCGCGAAGUCGGAGUGCACCAAUCCCUGCGAACACAUUGCUGAAGGUCGUCCACAUUGCGAUCCAAAUGCGUAUUGUAUAUUGGUGCCUGAAACGUCGGACUUCCAGUGCGAAUGCAAGCCUGGCUUCAAUGGUACCGGCAUGGAGUGCAUUGACAUGUGCGAUGGUUAUUGUGAGAAUUCUGGAACUUGCGUCAAGGAUUUGAAGGGCACACCAUCGUGUCGCUGCAUUGGCUCGUUCACGGGACCACAUUGCGCUGAGCGCUCAGAGUUUGCUUAUAUAGCGGGUGGUAUUGCGGGUGCGGUAAUCUUUAUCAUUGUAAUUGUGCUGCUCAUUUGGAUGAUUUGUGUGCGUUCGACGAAGCGUCGCGAUCCGAAGAAAAUGCUGACACCGGCCAUCGAUCAGACUGGCUCACAGGUGAACUUCUACUAUGGCGCACACACGCCAUAUGCGGAGUCUAUUGCGCCGUCGCAUCACAGCACUUAUGCGCACUACUACGAUGACGAGGAGGAUGGCUGGGAGAUGCCGAACUUCUACAAUGAGGCGUACAUUAAGGAUGGUGGUGGUCUUCAUGGCGGUAAAAUGAGUACAUUGGCGAGAUCGAAUGCCUCGCUUUAUGGCACUAAAGAAGACUUAUACGAUCGACUGAAACGACAUGCGUACACAGGCAAAAAACAGAAAAGAGCGACAGUGACAGUGAAGUCCAAUAAGCGCUACACAGCAGCAGCAGCAGCAGCAGCAGCACAAACACACACACAUGCGCACAUCUAAUAGUAGCCCAACAAUGGGAAGCAAUAAAAUUGUGGUCAUAAAACUAACGAAUCAGCGUCACUUAGUAAACUUAACGACGUUGAUACAUUGUAUUUAAAUGCGAAAUAGUUUUUAGCUUAGUCGUUCAAAUUUAGAAGUGAAGGGAAAUAGUGGUCGAGCAGUUAAGAGUUGAGUGGUAAAGGGGAAGGAACAAAAUGCGAAAUCACUGCCUUCGGUUAUGAAAAUCUACGAUGUUUUUAAAUACUCAUUAUAAAACAGCACAAAAUAUUUUUGAAAGAAAGCAAACAAAAACUAAACCAUGAAGAAAGCUUUAUAUUGAAUUGUUGUAAUUGAAAUUGUUUAAAUUUUUAAUAAUUUUUAAAAACACUGGCAUUUUUUCUUGAAGCACCUAAAAGUAUGCGAAACACAUUUAUUAAUUUGCAUAUGCGUUGUAUAAUAAUAAAAAUUUUUUGUUUUCACUUAAGCUUUUUAACUACAGAUUACAAUAUUUAAUGUGAAGCUUUUAAAGCUGCGUUAAUUAAAUUACAACAAUACGACGAAAUAGAAGUAAAAGGAAAACAAGACCAUGCGUAUUCUAUUAAGCUGCAAAAGAGCUUUGGGAAGCCCGAAAGUUGAAAAAAGCUCGAGAGUUGUGAAGCUUUUACCGAGUUUUUAGCAUUUUUCGGGUAACGCAUCUUUCGGGUUUUUUGAGUUCAAACACAAACACCAAUAACUUGCAGAAAGCUUGAAAGUCUCCCUGCUUUUACCAAGUUGUCAAAAUUUGUCGAGUUUGAAAUUUUACGGUUAUUUUCGAGUUUAAGUGAAUAUCCUCACAAA